AUGACGGCCUCGAUACCUGUCAACAGGUUCUCAGAGACAAAGUUCUCCGAGUCCUUUUGGUCCAACUCCCGGGGCGACUAUGUCACAGGAAUCAAUGUCCUCCAUUCAAAGAUGGACCAGGGCGUGGUCGAGGACCAGGAGAUCCUGACCUACCUCCGUGAACGGAUCGAUGUCGAGCAACGCUAUGGCAAUGCCCUGAUCGAGAUGGGAAACCGUCGCCUCAAGCUCGAAGGAUUCCUGAGAGACGACGGCGCUUCGUUGAGAAAGACGUUCGAGACCAUUAAGAACGAGAGCAUUGGCCUCGGCAAUGGUCACAUCUCCCUCGCCAACAAUCUCAAGGAACUCGUCCUGGCUCCCCUUGUCAAGUUCAACUCACAGGUCUACCAGACCACUCAGCAGAGCCGCGAGGAUAUCGAGAACCGGCUCAAGCUCUUCGACAAGCAUCUUCUUGACCUCGAUCGAUCCCAUGCCGCCUAUGUCGCAAAGUGCAACACCGCCGACCAGGCUGAGAUGGAGGCCAACAAGAUCGCCGCCGAGGAUGCUGCUGCGCAUGGAUCUCCUCCAAGUGCCUCUUCAGACAACCUCGACGUCGAGCGUCGACACGAGUUUGCCUCGCAGCGGUUCACGAUUCUGGAGCUCAACAAGUUUUUGAACAAGAUGAGGGCCGAGGUCCCCUCGCAGGAUGUCAAGGUCCCAAUCAUGGGAGUCUACAACAACUGCUGCACCGGAUCGGCCAUUGCACACUGGAUCCAACAAAACACCAAGGCCAGGACGAUCGAGGAGGCGGAGCACAUUGGACAAUCCCUCUCGGACGAAGGGUUCUUGCGAUUGAUCGGACAGCGUGGCAACCGGUUCCUGGCCUCGCCCGCCAACUUUUACCAGUGGCGCGACCAGAUGUUUGAGCUCCUUGAUGAGGACGAUCGGGAGGAGGAGAUGUCGCUUGUCAAGAGGACCAAGCAGGAGGUUGAAAAAGCCGAUGCUUCGUAUCUCGCUGCUGUCAAGAAGGCUGACCUAACCCGUCUUCAGCUUGAAGUUGGACUUUUCUCUCAUAUGGACCUCCUGCAGCGCUGCGAAUACGAGCGCAUCAACACGUUUAAAAAUGCUUUCUUGAACUUUGCCGCUAUCUUUUCGAACAUUAUCAGUAUUACCCAGUCUGUCGCCGACCAUUUGUUGAUCUUCCAGGAAGCCCUUCGACCCGCCAACGAUGUCCAGUAUGUCAUUGAACAGUACCGCACCGGAGCCUUUGUACCCAUGCCGACUCUCUACAACCACUUUUACCUCGGAUCUGGCUAUGAACAAGUCUUUGGCGUCAACAUUGAACAACACUGUAAUUUCACUCGCAAGAAGGUGCCUCAACUAGUCACCAAGUGCUUGAGCAGGAUCAAAAAGAGCUCUGUCGCCCUCACCAACGAACAGAAAGUUGCAUGCUGGACGGCAGAGGUUCCUUUGUCUGAGAUCCACACUCUCCGUAACAAGAUCAACCACGGUGGCAAGAUCACUCAAAAGCUGUUGCGACUUUUCGAUGUGGCCACGGUCAUUGGUGUCCUCCGUUUGUACUUCUUGGAACUCCCUGGAUCUCUUUUGAAUGGCGAUGAAUACGAGACUGUGAAGAUCAUCUAUUCAAGCGGUAAGGGUAGGCAGAUACUCCGACCCAGCAGGACUUUCGUCUCGGGUCAAUUGGAAACACGCUGGCAUGGAGCUGUCAACCUUACCGACGGCGAUUUCAUUGCUGUUCAGGAUUUGUCGGAUGAUGUGAAUGAUAGCAAGAACGAUGCAAGGAUCUCGUCCAUCCGCAACCUGCUCGCCCUCCUCAGCGCCGCGCGAUUCUAUACCCUUUACGAAGUCGUCAAGCACGUCAGCAAUUUGAUCAAGGAGACAUCAGCUGACGACGACUUUACACACUAUAUUGCACACCGAUGGGGACCCGUCUUCCUGCGACCUAUUGAGGAGACGGCUGUGACACUGCACGACAAGCACCCCCAGCGUAUGAUGCGCGACAUGCUGAAGAUGACUCAUCAGAUCUUUGAGCCCAUCAGGAUGAGCCGUGAAGAGGGUAACCUUUCGCGGUCGGUGACGACUCGUGCUCCUGCUACUCACCUGGGUCGUAACAGAAAGGGAGCUGUCCGCCACAGUCGCGAUCUCAAGAGCUCCCCAGUCUCCCCUACUUCCAAUGGCCAUGCUGGUCCUGGUAUGCCCUCGAUUGCUGUCGAGGGUCAGGUUAUUCCCGAGAAUGCUAUCGCUGCCGCGGUUGCUGCUGCUGCCGAUAAUGGAUCAGGUGUUGGUGCUACUCCACCCAAGCUUGUAAGGCGGCCACCCCCUUCGCGCUUCAACUUGACGCGCUAUGUCAGUGCCCCCGAGAUGUUUAGCGAGCAGUCGGCGUCGAAGAAGAAGCCUUUGCUGAACGGAACUGCUGAGAAUGGCGAUGCCCAGACCCCCGGACUGUUGAACACUACUGGAUUGAAGCCCGCUGCAGGAGGGGAUAAGAGCAGCCGGUCGCCCUUGCGCCAGAGUGUGAUGGCCGUUGAGGAGACCCCCGAGGAGGAAGAUGAGGAGGACACUGCCAUUGCUAACGCCAUGGCUGCCGAGGCUGCUGCCGCUACUGCUACGCCCGAGAUCGAGGCCGAGGUCGAGGCCGAGGUCGAGGCUGAGGCUGAGGUAACUUCUCCGGCUGUCGAGUCUGUGGCUGCUGCCCCCGAGGAGGAUGUGCAGGCUGUUGCUAUUGCCGAGCCCGAGUCAACGGCAGCCGAGGCCGUUGCGGUGUCGACCAACUCUUCUGGAGAGCAGCCCCAGGAGUGGAAGGCUGUCACUGGCCAGGAAUUUGAGGCAUCCGGACGCAAGCUCGAGAGACGCCGCAAGAACCGUCAGUCGUCCUUGGGACCUAACGGCACUGCUGCUAAUGGAGUUGCUCCUGAGACCAAUGGCUUGUCUGCCGAGAGUGUCCUCCAAGCCUUGCGCGAGGAGGGUAACUAA